AUGCCCCUAUUUCAUGACCCGGACCGCCGGUAUUAUUCCGGAUGGUCUGGUGACCCAAGCCAGCAUGAGCUCCAGGCUGCCCAAGGAUCCUCCGAACAUGCUUUAAGCAACGAGAACCCUUGUGAUCCUCAAAGCGGAGCAUUCAUUAUGGGCAAUACGCGGCCAUCUUCUGCGGAGCACUUUCCAACGAAGCUGUGGAGCAGUGAUGAACGACAAGAACUUAUACAACGAAUCAAGGAAUCAUCGCCCUGGAGGCUCCAAUAUAAGAACAGCGAUCAUAGUGAUGAGCUUUGCUCUGUACCCCGUAACUCUGGGGAGCAAAAUGCAGAAAAUAGCGACGACGGGAAACUAGCGGGCAUAACGGGACCUCAAAAUUAUUUAAACUCGACACACCAGACAGAGGGACUAGAAUCGCCAGCCGAUAUCCAAAGACCUCGGUCUGCAUUACACUCCGGUGAUUUUCGUGAAGGGGUAGUGAAUAUUCCCCCGUCGUCCCCUCGGCCUAGAUUCAUACAACCUAGCCCCUUCUCUCCUCAUCUAGGGACAUCGCCAACGACACCAUGGUUUGGGACGUCCGUCUUCCCGGCCGCUGGGCAGCCUAAUGUCGGUGAACAGUGGCCGGAGCUUGGUCUACAAACCCGUUCCAGAGCACCGUCACUCGGGUCCUUCUCGUCAAGUUACGUUCUGAAGGCUCCCACAAGCCCUCUGGUUUAUCAAGCCAAUAAUACCGACCUUGACUUUUCGUCGGUUGAUACGAAAGAGCUUGGGCCGGAGGAUAGAGCUAGCAGAAGAAGAACCCUACCACCGGGGUCUUUUCGACACCUCCAACCUUCUCCCCCCAACAUCCGAGCUGUCGACAUCCACACACCUUUUCCCCCCGUAGGCCAUGGUGGGGACUUUCAGUCUCAUGUCCCUCGAAGGAAUUUGACAUCGGCCUAUAGCCUUCAGUUGGCUCCGUCGGGCAAUACCACUGUCUAUCGGGCAAGAAGGCCAUCGCUUGCUUCUGAUCUGUGUCCCACAGCUCAUGCUCCGAUGGUUGGAUCCUAUGAGGAAUCGAUCCUGCGAGGUCGAAUGUCGAUGAGCCCUUCCAAGCCUCUAGACUUCACUGCACAAAUCGGAGUUUUGGGGAAAGGCAAAUGCAAAGGGCAUUUGAAGUGUCCCCCGCAUGUCACUGUUCCCUUCCCGGCAGUUUUUUAUAGCUAUCCCACUUCAGGUAGUGGUCGUUCCAUCUCGGAUGAUAGUCCUAGUCCUUACGUUGGGCAAAUUGAUCUGGAGAACUCGCUGCCCAAGGAGGAUCCAAGCACUACCCGGCGUCGUAGACGCCAUUAUAGCCCUGCAGCUAUUGAUGACGGCCUUCAACAUGAGACAGGAGCUCCUAGGACACCUCGGGCUUCUAGUGCAGAUGCUAGACGUCGCCGAGAAAAGAAAAAUCGCAGGGCAGAGUCGCCCAAAUGCCCCCCAGGCGGGUGCUACCGAAUCCCUCAACAGGGACAGUUACAAAUCAUAAUCAAGAACCCUCACAAGACCGCAGUUAAGCUGUUUCUUGUACCAUACGACCUCGGCGAUAUGGAGCCGGGAACUAAAACCUUCAUUCGGCAGAGGAGCUAUUCGGCUGGUCCGAUCAUCGACAUGCCGCUGAGUGCCCGGAAGAACUACGGUACUGAUCGUCCGGAGGCCUCACUCAACGCCACGGAAAAUCCUCAUGAUAAGCCUACUCUGCGAUAUCUCAUCCACCUCAAUAUCUGCUGUCCCUCCCGAGGUCGCUUCUACCUCCACUCGAGUAUCCGAGUGGUCUUCGCAAACCGAGUUCCAGACGGCAAAGAGAAACUUCGUAAUGAGAAUCAACUUCCAGAGCCUCGCUACAGCCCAUACAAACCUACUCGAGAACCGAACCUCUCAACAUCAGCCAAUUCUAGGCUAGCAAUCGAGAAGGCCGCUCGCAGACGCAGCGUCGGGCAAGGCAUGAUCCCUUUUCUGCGUGAAGAUCCAAGCGAAGCGCUGCAUUGGACUCCAGAGUAUAUGGGCUUCCCAGAGUCUCUGCAGACCGAUGCCACUAUCUACAACAAGCUCAACAAGUUUUCCUCUGGCAAGAGUACUUCAGAUACCGGUGAGAGUUUACUUGCCAAACGGCUUCGUGGCCUAGAUGUCCACAGACAAGAGACAUUUGACCGUAAAUGA